AUGCCUCGUUCAGUGCCUCCUGCUUCUCCUUCAGAAGUUGAAUCCGGCGACCCUCUCCAAGGCUCACUUACUGGUCUUUCUUUGACGGAUGCUCGUGAGACAGGUACGGUCGAAAGGAAACCUAGUGGAUUCAAUCCCUUUGCACCUUCCUCAGCCACCGACACGGGAUCAGUUGACGAACUGACGCGGGAUGUGAUUCCACAGCAGCUUGCCAGACUCCAGCAGCCGCGGGAAUUCGUACUCCGCGCGACCGACGAUCUCUACAUCCAAGGGCAGCAAUUUAAGGAGAAAUGGAAAGUUUCGGAGAACAGCUUCCUCAAUUGGAAAGCAUUAUUGUCAGGAUGGAGGGAAUUUCCCGCCAUUUUGUUGCUGAACCCGAGUCCGUUUGACGACUUGGUGUUUCACCGGAUGGUGGACAAGUCGCCAACACUUUCCUGGUUGGAGGAGACGCUGGGGAAGGUGGAGCUUCAACUUGAGGAUGUGAUCAUCAUUGACACGUUCCCGAUGCUCCGGGAUACUCUCCGGGACGAUAUUUUGAGCCAGCUAGGGCCGGCGGGGCGGGACGAGCUGGUGCGGGAGUCGUUUGCGCUUACAAGGGCGAGCCUGGCGUUGAUUCGACCGCGGGUGCUGAUCUCGUGUCAGUGUAGCACCAGGCCGGACAAUGAGCGGUGGGGAUUGUUUAAAGAUGAUGAGCUUGUUCAGCAACUCUGCUCAUCCGUGCUGAGGGCACAAUCGAGGCGGGUGCGGGAGUUAGAUGUGGAUGGGCAUCGGAUGUCGGUAGUACAAGGGAUGCAUCCGCAGUACGUGGUGCAGUAUGAGCCGGCUCUGGAAGGGAUCCUAGUGGAACUGUUCACGCAGGUGUUUCGACCAUUUGGGGAGUGGCAGUCGCGGCGGGUGGCGAUGAAGCAGGCGCUUGGCGAUGCGGGAGUGGUACUGCUGGGACUGUUGGGACUGCUGCAGCGGCAGAUACGGAUCUAUGGGCAUCUAUUUAAACAGGGAGGUGGCGAAUUGGAGGGCCCAGUGGCAGCUGGACAUGUGGAGGAACUUGGAAAGCAACUGGCCGAGUGGCGGGAAUGA